GGCACGCGGUAUGAAUUACAGUAGAUGUCCGAGACACUGUAUUACUCAAUAUCGCAACCUUUUGGAUCACCUUCGACCGGCAGACUUCAUUUGGCGUCCAUACCUUAAUAUGGAUCAUGAGCAUCAGAUCAACCCUGAAGACGCAGCCGUAUGGACAACAUGCACACCAAUAAUACGGUUCACAACAGUGGAGCUGCACAACACCGAUCGUGUGAAGCUGCAGUUUGGUAUGGUCCAGAAUAUCCCAGAUCCCCCAGCUAGCCUAGGAGAAUGGCAUAUGCGUAAAGUGAACGACCAAUGGAACUACAACCCUUGGCAACAAUUCGCAAGAUCAGAGUGUCGCAAGUGGAAGCACCGUCAUGACCAUGUCUUAACUGACGCAGUCAUGCCAAAUGAGGUAAAACCAAGUCGUACUUAUAUGGCUUGGUAUAGAUCAGUUGGAUUUCAAUUCAUCGCCGAUGAUAUAUACCUCUACGACCCACGCCAGACAAGUUACACACAAGAAGGCUCAACAUCUAACCCCCAACAACAUUCUCAGCCCGAUUACUCACAACCACCUAUCCGACAAACUUUCCGUUCCACAAACACACAAACAUACAACCAAAACAUGCCAUUCACCCAACCCCAAAACCAAGAACAUCCCCCAUACCACCACCAACAAAUGGACCAUCAACCUUCGACCGAACAUCGCUUCGCACCCACACCAUCACCCUACCAAAGUCGCCUUACCCAAAACACUAACCGCCCCAUCACCUACCGUAGCCAAGAACCCCAAACAUCACAAUACCAAAACAUCCCACAACCAUAUCUCUUCCAAACACCCCAACAACCUUUCCAACCUUUCCUAGACCCAUCAUUGUCACCCAUGUCCCCCUUCAACCGUCCUGGUCGCCCAUCCAUGAGUCAACCACACCCCAACUUCUCUGGCAUGGGUCAUGAGCUCAGCUACGCCGGUACACCAUCAUUGAAUACUGAAGACUAUGCUGAGUUGGCUGAAUACCUCAACGGACCUUCUCCUGUAGGCGACAUGUGGUCGGAGGUUGACAUGGAAGAGAUGUUGUCUCCAUCAUAUAAAAGAGGACCUGAACGACCAAAGAAGCUGAGGAGGAGGGAAUCUGAUGAGGACCCUAAUAAGGUAAGAACACAAACAACUUAUUGUUGCACAAGAUGUGGUGUACAUGGAUAUGAUGCAGGAAGUUGUACAAGUCAGGAACAACCACAACCAAAUGAAACUCAAAUUGAUGUUGACCCUGAGUUUGAAAUGCUUGCUGCAAAUCUUGCAUCCGCAUUUGAGGCAACUCAAACUCAACCAAAUCUUGUUGUUAAUGGACCAGUUGCAUCUGCACCAAGUCAUAGUGCAUCAAUUACACCAGCUCAAGGUGAACCUGUUACAUCUUCACAAACUGAUGAUGCACCUACUACACCUGCUUAUACCACCCCAAGAAAAAAUAAGACAUACAAACCAAAUGUUGCAAGAAAAUUGGAAUUAAGGAGAAGUGACAAGACAAGGGUCCUAAGAUGUAAAGACCUGAUAGGAAAAGGAAGUAAUCAAUCACAACCUAUGGAUGUGGACAAGGCUCCAUAA